ACGCGGCCGUGACAAUCAAAAGACGCGGAAAGAACCACGUAGUGGCGAUUAGUCAGACUUCAGUCCACGUUGGCGUCGGUUGAUACUGUUUGUGUACGCUCUUGAGAAUCUCUGAACGUCGCGAACUUUGUUACGUGCCGAACAAUAUGAAAGAUACAAUGGACGAGAAUCAAGAGACCGAUGUAUCCGCGCUGUGCCUCGACGUGUCAAGAGUGAAAUCGUUGGCCGGAGAACCGCGGAAAUCCGAGUGUAACAAUGCACACGAUGCCGACCCUGGUGGAUGGACCCCGUUGUUGGUACUGGGUGGUGCCACUUGCUGUCUGGGAUCGACAUUACCAGCAGGAUAUAACUUAGGUGUCAUGAACAAUCCUGCCCAUCUUAUGCAAUCGUUCUGCAAUGAUAGUAUCAGGGAAAGGUAUAACGUACAAUUGUCCAGCUAUGAGCUCCAGGUACUCUGGUCUAUCAUAGUAUCGGUCUUCCUUAUCGGAGGUGUGUCUGGGUCUUUAAUCGCUAGCUGGCUGAGCGACAGAUUCGGACGGAAAGGCGCGCUGAGCAUUGGAAAUGUUUGCGGGAUUGUAGGAGCCGUUCUGUUCAUGUUCGUACGAAUUAUGAACUCAGUCGAGCUUUUUCUCCUUGGCCGAGUGAUUGUCGGACUUUCCGGUGGUCUAGCUACUUCUUUGGUCCCAAUGUACAUGACUGAAAUAGCACCUUUAAAAUUGAGAGGUGCCGUCGGGGUCUUGUGUCAAUUGGGUAUCACCUGCGGCGUGCUGAUGGGCCAAAUUGCCGGGCUCGAAACUAUCCUGGGCACUUCUGAGUCCUGGCAUAUAAUGUUAGCAUCUUUCUCACCGCUAUGCCUCGCUGCAUUAUUAUUAACUGUACUGACUUUGCCAGAAAGUCCAAAGUAUCUGUACAUAAUCAGAGGAGAACAAGGAAAGGCUCUUAAAGAGCUCAGCCGUUUGCGCAACAUGGACAUAAUGCUCUUGCAAAACGAGAUCGCUAGCUUGCAACAAGAAUUAGCAACAAGAUCGGCAAAUAAAACGUGGAGCAUUAAGCGCGUAUUGAGAGAGCCGACUGUGAGAUUAGCUCUGUUCUUAGUGUGCCUCCUGCAAUUUGGUCAGCAACUUAGUGGUAUUAACGCGGUUUUUUAUUACUCAAACACCAUAUUCCUUAGUGCUGGCCUGGGAAUUGCUGGUGCUCAAUAUGCGACUAUAGCCACUGGUGUUGCAAAUAUGGGAAUGGCGGUGAUUUCCGUGAUGGUAAUGUCACUAUUUAGCAGAAGAAAAGUAUUGUUCCUGAGUUGUUACUUAUGCAUAGGAUGCCUUCUCUUUCUGAAACUCUCUAUCGCACUAAUUCACAAAGCCUCAUUCAUGUCAUGGCUUUCCACUGUUUUGGUACUGGCGUACGUAAUAUCUUACGGUAUCGGUCUUGGUCCUAUACCGUAUUUCAUCGGUUCUGAAUUGUUCGAUGUAGGUCCUAGGCCUUCCGCUAUGUCGUUAGGCAGCAUGUUUAAUUGGGGAGGCAACUUCCUCGUCGGGAUGAUGUUCCCUUCGUUACAGGCUGCGAUCGGCUCGUACGUCUUUCUGAUCUUCGCUGGGUGCAUACAGAUCUUGGUGAUAAUCAAUCAGACCUAUUUGCCUGAAACGCGAGGUCGAAGCACGACCGAAAUAGCGGCAGCUAUGACUCAAGGCUUCAAAUCAAAACCGAAUGCAACAUUCGCUGCCUAAAGCUGAGUGCUUGCAAUUCGGCUAAAUACUUUUUAUACGGUUUUUUAAUGAAAUCAAUAAAUCAUUACCGCCACGUUGCUCAUACGCGAAUCACAAUUCGCGUGUUGUGCUGAUAUCUGAUUCAAUAGCACAUUGAUGUAAAAAAAGGCUCUUUCUGGUGCAAGAUUAAUUUAUUCGAGCGAAAAAAUUCAGGAGCACUAUGUGAGCGAAUUUUAUAUUGACUAUUUGUAUAUAUUCUAUCUCGUAAAUAUUCAAAAUAGUAUAGUAUAGAAUGAUGUUAUAAGAUACAAAGAUGAUUAGAGUACACGCGGCUAAGAUUUUUUUACAUUUAUAUAAUAUUUUAACGUACGUCCAUAAUUUUAAAAUUUC